UUCAACCAAAAAUAAAAUAGGCAGCAAGAAUUGUGAUUCUGUGUACCGUCAACGAUGCGCUCAAAAAGGAAUCCACGCUUAGCGAUUCGGUUCAAUCAUCUGAAAGAAUCAUUUUAAAUGAACAAAUCGCGAAUCGGACAUCACGACUGCACAGGCGCUCGGUGUCUUCAUGACGAGAACAGGAGCAUCUUCACGGACUUCUGCAAGAGUUUAUCUAAUAAUUCCUCUCAGGCACGCUUCAUCGGCUGUUAAACUGUGCAGUCUGGAGCAGUAAAACACGAUUGAGGAUUAAAAACUGCGAUUUUACUCGGACUCCGAUACACAGGAUGAAUUUAUCAGUCACAUUUAUUCUUCUGCUAAGCUUCCUAUCACUGUACGACUGUAAUGAUGCACCGCAGGGUUGUAUGGAUAAGCAGAGAGUGAUGGGAAUACUGCGUCAGAUGGAGAAGUUUCUGAAAGGACAGGAGAUACGAUUCACAGAAGGACUGCGGAUUAUGAAAUCCAAGCUCACCAACCUUCAAAACUCAGUGUCCAAGUUCCCGCAAGCAGACCAGUCCUUGUCUCAGUCCUCUUGUCCUCCUCUGGUGGCCCCAGCCAACGGGAGGAAGUUCGGCUCCAAGUAUCUGCUGGGUCAUGAAGUGCAUUUUACGUGUUCGCAGGGCUUCCGUCUGGUGGGGCCGGUGACACGCGUGUGCCAGGAGAACGGCACCUGGAGUGGAGCCACUGCCAGCUGUAAAGAUGUGAGCAUGUGCUCCAGUAACCCGUGUCAGAAUGGCGGCACCUGUGUGGAGGCUCUGAACAAGUAUAAGUGCACCUGUCCAUACAACUGGAGCGGCAGUCAAUGCCAAUACCAGACGCAGACAGCGCCUCCGGAGUGGAGCGUCAUGAAUGAUCCGGCCUUCAGUCGUAAACCUCGCUGUGCUAAAGUGGACCGAGCGCAACACUGCAGCUGCGAUGCUGGAUUCCACAUGAGCGGCACCUCAGAUAACAGCAUCUGCCAGGAUGUGAAUGAAUGUGAGGUGUAUAAAGCUGACCGUGGAGGGCCUCUGUGUGUCCAUGCCUGCGUGAACGUCCCAGGAUCGUAUCAUUGCUCCUGUCCCACUGGAUACAAGCUGCUCGCCGAUGGAAGAAGCUGUGAGGAUGUGGAUGAAUGUCUUACACAACAGCACAACUGCAGCCGCGGCAGCACCUGUAUCAACACCGGCGGAGGAUUUCAGUGCGUGAGCCCCGAGUGCCCGCCAGCACACGCCAACGCCAGCUACGUCAAGACUUCACCACUUCAGUGUGAAAGGAACCCCUGCCCUAUGGAGAGCCGCUCCUGUCCUCUUGCAGCAAAGACCAUUUCUUACCACUAUCUGUCUCUGCCGUCCAACCUGCGCACCCCUGCCACCCUUUUCCGAAUGGCCACCGCCAGCGCUCCGGGACGGCCGGGUCCAGACAGCCUGCGUUUCGGCAUAGCCAGCGGAGGAGACUCGCGGAGUCUGUUCGUCAUGCAGCGCUCAGACCGACAGACUGGAGAGCUGAUCCUGGUUCAGCCGCUAAGAGGACCACAGGAGCUCAGUGUGGAGGUGGAGAUGUCAGAAUACGCCGAGCGCUCCUUCCAGGCCAAACAUCUGGCGCGGGUCACCCUUCUCGUUUCACCAUACGAGUUCUGAAGAGCGGAUUCAGAGUUCAGGCUUGGACUGGAAGAGGAAAGAAGAUUUUUUUUAUUGCUGAAGAUGAAUAUUUGUUCAUAGAGCACGCCUGGAUUUUGAUGCUGGAAUAAGGCAAAAGCAAUAGAGAGUACAAUAGAAAGUAUGACUGUUUGAUGUUUGGUAAAAUAUGCGAUAAUGGAAAUAAAAUAAAAAAAUGAAAGAGUAUAGUGGAAAGUAGGGCUGCUAGAUAUUGGGAAAACAUGCAUUUUUGUACUGCGAUAAUGAAAAUGUAAUCAAAUUAAAUUAAAUAAGAAGUAGGGCUGCUCAAUAUUGGGAAAAUAUGUGAUAUUGGAAAUUAAAUCAAAAUAAAAAAUAAAAAAACUGCAGAAGAAAGUCGGGCUGAUUGGUGUAGGGGUGAUAUGCGAUGAUGGAAAUUAGAUCAAAAUAAAUAAAAAAUGAAAGAUAUGCACAAAAGAUUUCAUAGAUAUUGGGAAAAUAUGCAAUAAUGGAUAUUAAAUCAAAUUAAAUAAGAAAUAAAUAAGAUAUGAAAGAAUAUAGUGGACAGUAGGGCUGCUCGAUAUUGGGAAAACAUGCAAUAUUGUACUGCGAUAAUGAAAAUUGUAUCAAAUUAAAUAAAAAAGAAGUAGGGCUGCUCAAUAUUGGGAAAAUAUGUGAUAUUGGAAAUUAAAUCAAAAUAAAAAACUACAGUAGAAAGUAGGGCUGCUUGGUGUAGGGAUAAUAAGCAAAGAUGGAAAUUAGAUCAAAAUAAA